AUGGACAUUAACAAGGAGAAUUAUGAGUUGGGACUGCCUGUGCUAAAAAAAGCUGGUGUUGCCCACAAAGUUGACUUCAAAGAAGGCCCUGCUUUGCCUGUUCUUGAUCAAAUGAUUGAAGAAGGAAAGUAUCACGGCUCAUUCGAUUUCAUAUUUGUCGAUGCUGAUAAAGAUAACUACCUCAACUAUCAUAAGCGACUCAUUGACUUGGUCAAAAUUGGAGGUGUGAUCGGCUACGACAACACCCUAUGGAACGGGUCUGUAGUGGCACCGCCCGAUGCCCCGUUGAGAAAAUAUGUUCGGUAUUACAGAGAUUUCGUGCUUGAACUCAAUAAGGCCCUUGCGGUUGAUCCAAGGAUCGAGAUUUGUCAAUUGCCUGUGGGUGACGGGAUUACCUUGUGCCGGCGUAUUAGCUGA